GAAUUCAGUAAGAUUUGGAGAAAAGUCGUGACCAUGGUGGACGCCGCUGCUGCCAAACAUGGCUUCGAAGCAGUCUUUAUCAUAUGCGGAAAGGUGGUCAAUCAGGACCGUCACUUGGGUAUAUACACGAAACGCCGGGUGCAGAAAAAUUUUGGCAAACACGCUGCCACUGACGAAGACGCGAUGAUUGGACAUUUAAAAGCUCAUGUAUACAACCUUGCAUCUCUUGCGGUUGCCGAGGACAUGCAUCUUGAAGGCGCGCCAAGCGCAAAAGAAGAUGAGCCGCCACGCAAGCGAAAAUCAUCGAAAGUGUCAACAGAUGCUCCGGAGGCCGUGAAAGAUGACCCGGAUGCUCCAGAGGUGCUCGAUGUCGAUGACUGGCAACUUCAGGUCGACCUUCUUCCACUUAUCAAGGGUGGCAUCAUUGCAUUACUCAAGGAAGUGGGUGGGAAACUCACUGUCCGCUCAGGCAAUUUCCCGUGGAAGAAGCUCCGCAGUGACCUUGAUCGUCAAGGAUUUGUCAUUGAAGGCUAUCUGGAGGACAUCCUUAUGCCGGGAGAGACACGCAGCACCAGUGCGAGGAGUAAGGGGAUCAACGACCUUGACAAACGAGAACAGAUAAUCCUCGCAGAAGCCUUGAAAUCGGGAACACUGGUGAUCAAAUGUGGGCCCUCAGGUUCAGAGGACAAAGACAAGAGCCGACCAGUCAUCAUUGGGGAGGCUCCUCCACCACACUCUGCUCACUUACGACCGUCUCGUCUCCGGCCAAGUGCAGCAACUACCAAAGUCAGGAAGCCAAACAGGCAGGCUGCGCCCAUCGCUUCUUCCAUAGUUGUCGACGACGAUUCUCCCACUUCACCAUUGUUCAUCAAAAAAUCUCGUCGUUUCAGUCGAGAUACCUCCUGCACGCCCUUCGAAGCAUCGUCUGGAUUGGAGGAAGACGACUCAGCAUAUGACGACGCCCCACAAGUCGAGUCUGACUACGAGGAUAGAGUGCAGUCACGCAAACGCAAAGCAAAGACGACUGGUGGCACUCGCAGACUUAAGCGUCGUGUUCUGUCCAGUGACAUUGAGGUGAUCGAGCCGCAGCCCAAGGGCAAGGCAAAAGAUACUGCAUUGCAGAAGGAGAGGUUGGUAUACCUUUGCGACUCCGAGAUGGUCCAGCAUUCAAAGCCGAAGCCAAAGAAGAUCAGCAGCAGGAGCAGCAGAACCAUUGGGAACAACGAGAGCAGCGGGACCGUCAGGAGUGACGUGAGCAUCGGGAGCAUUGGGACCACCGGCGGAGCAGCGGGAGUAACGAGACCAUCAGGAGCAGCGGAACCAUCGGGAGCAGAAGUAGCAGUUGUCGAAGGUCGGAACUAUCCUCAGGCUGAUCUGCGCCGUAAUCAGAUUGACUACCAACGCAUGAACCAAGGCCCAGGUGGCAGCAACACCGCCGGUUACAGCCACACCCAGUACACUCCUCGCAACGACAUUACUCGUGUGCCUGCUCAUCAGCAACGUCUGGAAGAUUACGAUACUCGUGCACUGGUACCUUCUCAACAGCAACAAUAUCCAGAAAUUUAUGGAUGUGCGCCUACUCGUGCACCUUCUGAGCAGCAGCAGCACAUGGAGAAUUAUGGUGCUCGUGCACCCGCUCCGGGUUACGACAAGCAACAGCACAUGGAGAAUUAUGGUGCUCGUGCACCUGCUCCGACUUACGACACUCGUGUGCCUGCUCCCCAACAAGGACUUGUGGCUCACCGUGAUGGCAGGGUAGCAUAUAACAUGGACGAACGUUGGCAGCCUCACUACGGGCCCAUGGCGCAUCAGGCCAAGAACGUACUACAAACACCCCGCCGCUCUAGUCAGAGGAUGAGCCCUUUACCUGGUCUAGUUGCAUACUCAUCAUCACCACCCCAGUCUGAGUACGCGACUUCCUUCGAUGAUAGUUUACAUACGUACUUUCAUAUUGCGAUAAAUCAUAUGUCUUCAGUGAAUGAAAUGCUUUGGAUGUUCACGAAGCUCUGCUAA